GCAAGCGCAGUCCGUGUACUGCCCGAGAUUUUCCCGGUGUGGUUUAAGCUGUUUAUGGAUCUAAAUACGUAAACGGGACUGCAAUGGACGUAAAUUCGAGACCUACUGGUGUAGCGAAGAUACCGGCAGCUGCGUUUACACGGUGGUUUCAUUCGUAUCACUAAGUCGGCAGCUUUACUAGGUUACUAACGGCAACGGUGCUGCUAGCUAACCUAACGGAGCAGCGCCGAGGAGAUGAAGCAGCCGAGCUAACGCUAUUGCAGAUUAGAGGUUUCUUCGGGCAUAUUCUUUAAAAAGGACCACGUUUCUGGAAUGCCUUUCUCCAAAAAAUGCUCCGUGUUUAAAGUGGUGCUCAGUGCCCUGCUGAUAGUAGCGCUGCUGCAGCUCAUCUACCUGUCGUUCCUCUCGAAGCUUCACGGCAAGGAGCAGCGCUACAGGUAUUCAGAACUGUUUGGGUCCAAGAAAAACGCUCACCUGGGGGAAAAGAACACCAAGAAAGAGCGACUGAGGUAUUCUUUGUCCAGCGGGGGCAUCUUCGACAACAGUGGUCAGUAUCGCAUUUAUAAAAACCUAAUCAAAAGCGAUUUCUCGACCAGUCAGAAGCCAGGCGCUGACCCCAGGUCUCACCACCUCUCCUUGGCCACCCACACCACCAUCAACAACCUCCAUCACCUGGACUCUCUGCUUGAACGCUGGCGCAACCCUCUUUCCGUUGCUAUAUUUGCUCACGGCCAGGAUGUCAGGUUUGCCACAGCCCUUGUGUAUGCCCUCAGCCUCUUCUGCCCACAAGUCCAAGAACUGGUGGACUUCCACCUGGUCUGCCACUCUGAGGAGACAGCCAGCUUUCCAGAGCAAGACAGAGAGCACUUUGCUGGCCUUGAGGAGCAAGGGUGCCCUGGUGUGUUUGCGAAGCUCGAGUCCCACAGGGACAAGUACAAAAACUAUGCCAUUGGGAGCAACGUCUCCUACCCCAACAACCUCCUCCGAAACGUGGCUCGUACUGGCACAGAUGCUGCCUAUGUCCUGGUCAUUGACAUCGACAUGGUGCCCAGUGCGGACUUGCACCAUCAGUUUGUCACUAUGCUGAUGAGACGCGAGCCGCCCCAGGAUGAGGUCCUGGUUCUGCCUGCCUUCGAAAUCAGGCACACACGCAAAAUGCCAGCUUCCAAGGCAGAACUCGUGCAGCUGUAUCAGGUCGGCGAGGUGAGGCCCUUCUACGAGGAGCUGUGCCCACGAUGCCAGGCCCCCACUAACUACUCUCGAUGGAUUAAUCUAGCCGCCAAAAGUUCUGGGCCUUUGGAGGUUGCAUACACCCUGAAUUGGGUCGACCCAUGGGAGCCUUUCUACAUUGGAGCCAAAACCGUGCCCCUGUAUGAUGAGAACUUCAAGCAGUAUGGCUUUAACCGCAUCAGCCAGGCCUGUGAGCUUCACAUUGCUGGAUUCAGAUUCUCUGUCGUAAGUAAUGCCUUUCUGGUGCACAGAGGCUUUAAGGUCCAAGGGGAGUUCCACAGCCGCAAGGACGAGGAGAACCGCAGGAACCGACUGCUCUUCCGCAGCUUCAAGGAGGGUCUGAAAACCAAGUACCCCAACUCCCCUCGCCGCUGUUGAGGCCUGAACACACACCUUUACAUAAAGGCACCAAAGUGUGGGGUUAAGAUGAAUACUUAUUCUUGGGACAUUUCAUGGCAAAGUCAACUGAAAGGUCAUAGUACUCACUUUGUUGCAGUCGGGGCAGUUUACAUUCUGUUCCGGUGCAUUAUUUGGACAUAUUGCCAAGCUAUUUUGUGGCAUGGAAAGUGUGAAAAUAUAACUUAUUUAAUUUAUUGCUCACUGACUCAACAUUUGGUACUACACUGGAGAACAGGGUCCGCAUACACUGCUCAGCAGUUUGGAAUCAAGGUUUUUGACGUAAAACGUUUUGGUUGCGGAAGCACAUAAAAGUGUGUAAAAGCUGUGAAUAGAAAUGAAGAAAUGUUUGAUGUGUCCAAAAUGAUGAACUGAGCUGUAGAAGAUUCUAAAAUGCCUGAACGAAUUUUAUAACAUUGAGAAUUAAGUUAUAAGAAAAUUAAUUAAGCCUAGGCCUCAUCGUCAGGAGGUUGCAAGUCCAUUCCCUCGCGAUUCUUCAUCCCUGGCCGGGAGCCCUAAAGAUCAUAAUUGUUCUUGCUUGUUGUAGGUGAGUAAGAUGGCCCUCCCUCUUCACCCCUCACUCAGCUAGCCAAUGUGGGCGUCUUUACCUGAUGUAUCAAUAUGUUAACAGCAGUAUAAAAAAACAGAUUUGGUGGUACUUCAUUUGUCUCAGAGGAAGCAUGUGCUAGGCCCAGCUAGCAGGGGAAAUUGGCCACAACUAAAUUGGGGAGGAAAUUGGGUUAAAAAAAAAAAAAUCCAGAAUUAAUUGUAUUCCGAAAGUGGAGAUCCAAUCUCAAGGCAGAGAACUUGACAGAGAAGUGUAAAUAGAUAAUUGCAGUAUAAUAUUUAUUAUUACUUAAAUGAGUUGCCUUUUCAGCGAAUUCUAGGAAUACAAAAAAGAAAUGGAUUUUUCACAAAUUCUUAUUUAUAACUCCACAUUGUGUGUUAUUAAUAUGUCAAAUAAUAGAAGUGUUUCCAAACUGAUUCCAAACUUUUGAAGAGUGUACCUACAUUAAAACUGGAAGCAGCGCACAACACCACAGCUUUCAAAAGAUAAUACUAAGCAACCUUGGCACAAUUGAAAGUCAGUGAAAGUGUAACAUUAUAUGAAAAAACAAGGACCUGGAGGUGGAAGAAAAACAAAGCCUUUUGAAGUCUUUAGCCUAAAAUAUUCCGAACAUAAGUUUUUGAAGCAGGUACAGUUGAGCUGUUAUAUUUAUCAGCUCGUUGCGUCUUUGAUGUAGAAAAACCCUCCAAUAUUUAUGUAAAUUUAUUUCAGGAAACAGCAUCCAGUUUUCUGGAAGAAUUCAAAUGAUUUGAAAAUGUUGAUGCUCACAGUAUCUUAUCUAUGAAUAUAUAACGUAGCAUAUGGGCAUAGGGAAAGGUUAGAACACUAAAUAAAAAUAAUAGUGAUAAACAGCGCCACUGACUCUAUAGAGGCCAUUUGGGAUGAAUUAGUUCAGUAGUGUCAAUAAAUGUGAACACUAUGAUGGCUUUCAGCUUGUGAGCAAUUGAAUGUGACCUUAUCCAGGUUCUGUCCGUUAUCUUCCCAAAAUUAGUUUACAUACUACAAAUCUCAUUGCUGUUGGUAGGAAACGUAAAGGGGAGGCAUGCUGAAAAAUAACUCCUUUGAAAGUGUUGCAACUGAUGUGCUGUGAUGGUCAUUUGUAGUAUCUCAGCUACACUGCACCAAUGACUGACUCAGAAAUGAAUGAAAUAAAGACUAUUUUCCAGCUUG